AUGAAGAUAAAAGCCCUCAGUCGGCCUGCCUCCUCGGUGCAGGCGCCGGGCUCAAAUGUUAUGCGCUCCACUCGCAACUUGGAUCCGGACAUGCACCCUUUCGAACGAGCGAGAGAAUAUACCAGGGCUCUUAAUGCGACGAAGAUUGAGCGCAUGUUCGCGAAACCUUUCCUGGCUUCCUUUGAACCCGGCCAUGUGGACGGUGUGUAUGCGUUUGCGAAGGACCCGAACUCCCUCGAUCACUUUGCCUCCGGCAGCGGCGAUGGAGUAGUAAAAGUUUGGAAUCUGGUGGAUCGAGAGGAGAUGUGGCAGGCGCAAGCUCAUGAGAAUAUCGUAAAGGGGAUGUGUUGGACAAGGGACAAGCGCCUCAUCACCUGUGGAAGAGACCGCACCAUCAAGAUGUUCGAGCCAUAUUCUGGAAACAAGGCCCCGACAUCGACCUGGCUAGGGCAGUCAGCCUUUACCUCCGUCUCCCAUCACCGUACGCAGCACUCGUUCGCCGCUGCAAGUUCGAGCAUUAGCAUCUACGAUACUGCCCGAUCGUCCGGCGCACCGGUACAGACGUUGAACUGGCCGACAGCAAUCGAUACCAUCACAGACGUCUCGUUCAAUCAGACGGAAACCUCGAUUCUCGCCUCAUGCGCCGUAGAUCGCAGCAUUAUCCUCUACGACGUGCGCACAAAUUCGCCUCUGCACCGCAACGUCCUCAAUUUCGCCUCUAACUCAAUCUCGUGGAACCCAAUGGAGGCUUUCAACUUUGCCGUUGGUAACGAGGACCACAAUGUGUACAUAUUCGACAUGCGGAACAUGAAGAGGGCGCUGAAUGUGCUCAAAGGGCAUGUCGCUGCCGUCAUGAGUGUGGAAUUCAGCCCUACAGGAGAGGAAUUGAUCUCUGGCUCGUAUGACCGCACGAUUCGCCUCUGGGAACGGUCCAAGGGACAUUCGCGAGAUAUCUACCACACGAAGCGCAUGCAGAGAGUGUUCGCCGUGGCGUGGACUCCGGAUAACAACUACGUUCUAUCUGGCAGUGACGAUGGCAAUAUCCGCCUCUGGCGCGCACAAGCAUCGUCAAGGCAGGGCAUCAAAUCAGCCGCCCUUCGGCAGAAGCUGCAGUACGACGAAGCGUUAAAGGAGCGGUACAAGCACAUGCCGGAGAUCAAACGUAUCGCACGGCACAGGCACGUGCCCAAGCAAGUGAAGAAAGCCGGCGAGAUCAAGGCCGAAGAACUCAAGGCCAUCAAGAGGAGAGAGGAGAAUGAACGGAGGCACACCAAGAAGGGCAAGGUGCGGCGGAAGGCCGAAAGGGAGAAGAUGGUGCUUGCGAGGGAGCAGUAG